AUGAAAUAUGGGAAUAUUGAUGAAACCGUUUAUCAUAAAUGGACAUGCGUUUCUGAGUUGACUGAUGUGUACUGCAUGCAAGUUCACUCAUGUACAGUAUAUGAUGGCCAGGGUGGACCACCAGUCACUGUCUUGGAUGCAAAUGGAACUUUCAGUUCCGUCUUGCUUGAAUUUCGUUAG